GAACGGAUACUAAGCAUCACACUGUGGGUUGGUUGGUCGUGCUGUGUCUAUUCUUUCGACUUGAACUGUAUCUCAUUGGCUGUUCAACAGAGCAGGGGGCACUUUUAAAAGAGCUCUAACUGGUCGGUGCUGAGUAUCCGUAUUAUUUAGAGGAUACACUGGCAACGAGAAGUAGCUCGCCGAUGGCAGUGACUGUGAACUUGUUCAGAAUCUUGGCUGUUUUUUCAUGCCUCGCGUUGACUGCUGCCACAGAAUGCAGGGAAGACUGCGCGCUGUGCGUGUAUCGCCGCUUACUAGACGGAGGAAUCAAAGCAAGUAGUUUGAGCUGCACACUAGAAUGUGAAGGAAGUGUAGACGACCAGAAGCUGGAGAAGUGUAGAAGUGUCUUGACAGAGGUGGAAGCUACUGACAGCCCCCUGCAGGGGAAAGAGGAUGAAGCGCAGCAGCAACAACACCAGCUGGCUAAGAAGUACGGUGGCUUUAUGAAACGCUACAAUGGCUUCCUAAUGAAGAAGACGGCAGGGUUAGGGGAUGAUACCGGAGCCCCUUUUGAUGGAGAAGCCCCAGAUCUGAUGAGCAAACGUUAUGGCGGCUUCAUGAAGAAGGACACAGCAGCCCGUCAGGAGAUCGGAGAGGCCAGACAGCUCCAGGCUUUGAGGGAGAUCCUGGAUGCUCAGCGCAGUGAAGGAGGCUCUAAGCACUAUGAUGGCUUUAUGAGACGUCCACAGGAGAGCCAGGAAGAUGCGGUACAGGAUCUGCAAAAGCGCUAUGGGGGUUUCAUGCGGAGAGUGGGCAGGCCAGAGUGGCUAGACGACCACGACCAGAGGGUGCACGGUGGACUCACAAAGCGUUUUUUGGAGAAGACUGCAGACACCAGCGUUCCUAACAUGGAGAAGAGGUACGGUGACUUCAUGGAUUAGACUUCUGGAAUGACCUGAGUGAAAGGACAUUAACUACAAAUGACCUAUUCCUAUUCCGUUUACAACUAGUGUUGUACUACAUUUUUGCAUUCCCUUCUUUGAUUUAUCUUUGCGGCUGAAUUGAUAUUGCUUGUAGAUACUUUGUUGUUUGAUCUGAAUCAAUAAGUACAAACACAUAAAUAAAUACCUAAUCUUAAUAAAGCAGUGAAUUUGAAUUCUAGAAUGAACUGUGGAAUUAGUUAAUUAGCUGUGGCAACUUGAUGAUCUGAAUCAUAAUCCUAAAUCAUAUUUUUUUAAAGCUUAGUGCAUACCGUAGAUGUAGUUUGCUUCAGUGUUGAGUGAGAGUGACAAAGAGCGCACAAUAAAUGGAGUGCAGAAAGAGAA